AUGAAUUAUGCAUCGUGGAUCGAGGAGGAGAAGCUCAAGAAAACGUUCAUAUGCGCUACGCUAGCCUCCACGCUUAUCGGAACGUUCGCGGCUGGCAUGGGCCUUUAUGACAAAGUUGAAGACAAACGUUCACAACGCAAGCAGCGAGCGCAGGAUGUGAAGCAAGAUGGCGAGAUUAAGAAGCUCAAGGAGUCGUUCGAGACGGCGCGAAAGGAUGCUGAUGGGCGGCAGAAAGAAAUUGACCAAAUGAAGAGCGGCGGCGGAGGAGGUGGAGGAGGAGGAGGAGGAGGAGGAUGGGGCCGCGACGAAAAUGUCGCCGAUAACUUUGGGAGGAACGCUGCCAUGGUGCAGAGAGUGUACGAUGAUGGGUUUGGCCGACUGGGGAAUCGGUUUGCCCAGGGAGACACAAUCACAGAAAACCAACUCCAAGCGCAGAUCAUCUCCCUGCAACAAACCGUCAUAACAGUCCUGCAAGACGCUCUCGCAAACGACCGCCAAUUAACUCGAGCCGACAUGUCCAAGCUCAUCGCAGCCUCCAACUCCGCACGCGACGGCUCCCUCGACGCCCUCAAACAAGCCCAAUUCCGCAUCUCACCAGGCUCCGCACGCGCCCCAUCACCCCAGCGAUCUAUCGCCCCACCAAGAAGUCUUGCUAUUGAAGCCCCAGACCAGCUAUUCUGCCGCUACAGUCUCGACCUCCAAUACACACCCCACAAGCCUCUCGCUGCAACCUUCGCACCCGGCGGCUCAUGUCAGUGUCCCGCUUGCGGCAUGCAGCUCGACGUCACAGCGAGCGAUUUCUGGAUCAUCGGGAAACGCAUGCCGCAAACGCAUCCUCACUUCGAGCCCGAGACACGGGAGUUCCGCCUCGGACAGCGCUUUGCAUUGAAAUGCCACACUCCUGAUGGAGAGUAUGCGUGUGUGAUUUGCAGUCGCGGUCGGGACGUGGAUGCGAUUUGCCGGACUGCGGAGGCGCUGGUCAAGCAUGUGGGCGGGUAUCACGAGGUGGAGGAGUUGGAGCGGGAGGUGGAUUUGAGGGAGUUCGCUGUGGAGGCAAGGAGGGGGAGUGUGGUAGAUGCGAGGAGGGUGAGUAUGCCCGCCAUGUCGUUGAGGGCGCCGAGUCCACCGGGAGGGUGGAGAGAAGAGAUUGAGGUCAGAGAGUAUCGGGGAUGA